AUGGCGACGGAGCCCCUUCUACCGCCGGCUCCGAAGCACGGGACAGCAGUCUCUGGAAAGACUCCUCCCCACGCACCCGCGGCUCCCCUUGCCAAGGCAGAGGCUGGCCCGACCGCUCCCGCUGCUGUUCCGUCUGCUCCGCCUGCGUCACCAGGCUCCCUGGCUCCCCUUGUCGAGCCGUCGGCGUCUGCCCCUGCUGGGGGUGUUGCUGAACCCCCUGCACCUGUCCCUGGCGCCCGUGUUGCGCCGAACGCUUCUGCCCCCUGCCUGCCUGCGCCGGCCUCUGCUUCAUCACCGAAGGCGGCGUCCGCCACCACCGGCGAACCGGCUCCGUCGGUUGUGCCUGCAGCGGUGGGUCAGUCCGCUCCCGCUGUGACGGCGGUGGUUCCUGCAGGCCAGCCGUCACGCCCUCCGUCGCCUGACCGUCGCUCGUCGCGGCCCCAUUCCCCCGCUCCCCACCAGGACCGCAAAUCAUCUCGUCGCCGGCGUGAGUCUCCACGGCGGUACCAGCAACAGUCGCGCUGGCCUGCUCACCCCGGAGGUCAAGGGGAUUGGAGGGGUCCCCGUGCUCGUGGCGGGGGUGGGGGGUAUCGCCCGCCCGUGACGAUGGCGGAUCUUCAGCGGGAAGUGUCGAGGGCGGUUCCGGAGGAGAGGGCGGCGCAGAGCCAGAGCAGUUCGCUGCGCGCCUUGCCAGCCCGCGAGGCUCCCCGUCCGGCUGCGCUCCCCCCAAACCCGCAGCCUGUUGCUGCGCCUCCUCCCCAGAUCCAAGCGCUGCCAGCUCCAUCUCCCGCUGUAUCGGCGCCUGCUCCCGGCUCUCGUCUCUAUCUGCCGCCGGUUCCGCCUGUUGCGGGAGUGGAGUUUGUGGCCGCGGGUGGCGGCUCGUUGGCGGCUCCGUUCGCUCCCCUUGCGGAUGCUGAUGAGCCGCUCUAUCUCCACGCUCUGCUGCUGAUUCAGGUGCUGGCCCACUCGUCUCUCCCUGUGAUCCCUCCUGAGACCUUCCGUGGUCGCCAGCGUGACUCAUGCCUGGACGCGGCGGACCAGCUCGCGGUGCUGCUGGCGCCCGUGCUGGCUGUGCCCGUGGAGGGUGGUGCUGCUACUGCGGGACAGCUUGACGAAGCCGUCCGGGGCUUGAGGCGGCACUUGCGCGCAGGAUCUGGAGCCGCGGCGAUCGGCGCAAGCACGCUUGUGGUCCGGGAGCUGUGGCGCUCCCUGACGGGCGUUCUUCACGCCCUUGGAGCUCACCGCAUGUAG